CCCGGCCCCGUAACAGGUCACGGCCACCAUGAACAUGCCGAGCUCCCGGUUCACCGGCGACUCCGGGAGCUCCAGCUCCAGGGACACCCGGUACAGCUGCCCGUACAGGAGCACCUGGACAGGUAAAGGCACAGGUGGUUCCGCCCCCUCCGAGCAGCCGGGACCGAGAGGCUGCGGAUCCAGCCCCCCCAUGAAGGGAGAGCCCCCCCCCAGCAGCACCUUGAGCGUGGGCCAGGCCCGGAAAAUGGUGGAGCAGCUCAAGAUCGAGGCCUCCCUGUGCCGGGUCAAGGUGUCCAAGGCGGCGGCGGAGCUGCUCAGUUACUGCGAGGCCCACGCGUGCGAGGACCCCCUGCUGACCCCCGUGCCCACCUCGGAGAACCCCUUCCGGGAGAAGAAAUUCUUCUGUGCCCUCCUUUAGGACCCCCCCCCAAAAAUCUGGAACCUCCCCACAAAAAUUUGGGACCCCACACACGCACUUAGAGCCCCCCCCCACACACUUUGGGGGCUUUUUUACCCUGAAAAUGAGGGAGAAAAGGGGGGUUGGGGCCCCCCCUCUGUCGGGUCAGGGAUCCCCACACACGUAAAAUGGGGACCCCCCCGACCCCCCCAAAUCACCAGGAGUCCCAGUGAAGGGUUGGGUUGGGCACAGCUCUGGAAUGGGGGGCUUUGGGGAGGGGGUUGGGGGGAUUUUGGGGGUGUUCCCCCCCCCCAAAAGGUUUCAGUGGUGGGCUCAGGGAAGGUUCCCACGGCUUUGGGGGAGGAGGGGGGAAGAGGUGGCUCCC